AUGCUCCAGCUGGAAGGGCUGGCGGUGGUAGUGGGUGCGGCCCUGGUGUGGGUGUUCCAGGACCGCGCGGACGCGUGCGUGCAGGCCGUCUGGGACCUGAUGCGCACCCGUAGCUUCGUCAGGCACGAAACAUUCGAGCCGGUCGUCUCCGUGGCGUCCUUCGCCGUCUGGCACGCGCAGUGGUUUGUGUGGGACAUGGUCCUUCCGCGCACCUUCACACAACAGUUCUCUAUCCAGCCCAAGGCCGACUUCGACCACUGGCGCUUCAAGCGCGGGGAGACGCUCUGGAACGAGGCGCUCUGGUACAUCGUCCCCCUCGCGCUGUUCGACCGGCUGUACCCGCGGCGCGCCCUCCCAGAGACGGCGCCCUCCGCAUUCGGCCUCGCGCUCGAGAUCGUCUCGAUGCUCGUGAUGUACGACGUGCUCUUCUUUGCGGCGCACCUGGCGCUGCACACGGUGCGCCCGCUGUACCGCACGGUGCACGCGAAGCACCACCGGUUGAAGCACGUGCGCGCGACGGAGGCCGUGCGGCUGUCGCCGGCGGAGGAGGUGCUCGACGUGGCGUGUUCGAUUGCGGCGGUCAACACGCUGGGGUUCCGCCGGUGCCACCCGCUGUCGCGCGCGCUGUACGACGUGACGAUCACGUACCUGAUCACGGAGCUGCACAGCGGCUACGACACCCCCUGGAUGUGGAGCAACAUCAUCCCGGGGGGGCUCUGGCAUGGGUCCCCCCACCACUGCGAACACCACCUCACCGGCCGACACUACUUCGCCAAGUUCUGCGGCUUCCUCGACACGAUCGCCGGAACCGUCCCAGCGAAGCCUCUGUCGCACCCGCUGCUUGCUGCCGCACCGGCGCGCACGCACGGCGUGAUGCUGCACGCACCCGUCGGCAAGACGGUCAGCCCCUACGAUGCGCACCCGACCCCAAAGGAGCAUGUGUACUGA